GCAAAGAGAUAAGUUGCAGAGGCGGCUCUUUAUUCCAGUAUUUAACUAUCGUUAAUGCAAAAAAAAAAAUAAUGAUGGACUUUUAUAGAUUAGUUUUCGUUUGUUUGAUAUAUACUGCCAAGGUUUUUGUAAAUUCUACUGAAUGCAAAGACUCAGCAACAACAGCUAGAAAAGUGGAAUCAUGUCCUCAUAAUGUCAAGGAGUGGAAUGAAGCAGCUGCAAGGAAAGGUUGUAAGAAUAUCUCAUGCAACAGUUCUUCACUUGAAUACCACUGUGUAAUAAAUGCAUGGGGAAAUGAAACAAUUGAAGUUUGUGCCCCAAGUUUGAGGAUUAUUGGAAGUGUUUGCACAGAAUAUAACCAAGGAGGGAGAAGAAUUCAACGCAACGAAAUUGUUCCAUGUGAAAAAUGUCCACCUUUUUACUUUUCCAACGAGAGCUAUAAAUAUCAAGAAUGUUACAAGCAUGUUAAAAAUGCAAACGUAUCGUACACAUUACUUGAGAAAUCCGCUUUGAUGGGCACGGAAUCAACAACACAAGAAAUAACAUACUCGUCUUCAUUAUUAACUUCCGAUGAGAAUUCCAGUCAAAUCAUCAGCAUCAUCAUUUGCGUAUUAGUCGGUGUAGUUGCUGUAAUAAUUGUUUUUACUGUUAAACAACGAUCAUGCGCAAAUAAGAUUUGGUCUCUUUUUAAAAGAAUAGUUUUUCAAAGUGACGAAUCAAAAAGAACAAAAUCUGAAUCCGUUAACAUAAGGCUUGAAAAAGGAGUUGAAGUACAAACUAAUUUACUGGAAAACAAAACGAUCAUACAAGACGUGUUUUAUGAAGUUAAUGAAUCGUCAGACAAAACCAAUUUAAAUGCAAAACCAAGCUAACAAAAUGUGUUUUAAAUACAAAAUGUAUAUAUUAUGUUAUAUAUUUAUUUAUUAUGAUUGAUAUUUUUAUUGUUUCUAAAUGUCAGCUACUUGGUAUACUGUUAUAUGAAUUAAAACUAAA